AUGCCAGCGCCGUCGCAGCUCAGCAUUGCGACGCAGUCGGUGCAGAGACUGGUCAAGGAGGAGACGUACUACCACAAGGAGCUGGCGAGCCAGAAGGCGCGGAUCGAGAAGCUCGAGGCGGACAUUAAGGAGGGCAGCAACGAGCUGGAUGACAAUGCCGAAUUCGUGCUGAGGCAAGAGCAACAAGCCAUGGACGAGACAAAGGCCGUCUUUGGGCCGCUGAGAAAGCGCAUCACGGACGCGGUGCAGAAGCUCGAGGAGCAGAUCGCCAUCAGCGAGAGCGACGAGGGUGCGCCGGAGGCGGAGCUAACCAAGGCGAAGGAGGCCCUGCAGCAGGGGCAGGACGCAGUCAAGGAUGAGGCAUAG